GAGACGCUUAAGAAAAAGCAGACAUGGGUUCCUGCGGCGAGGGUGAUGGUGAAGGCAGGGGCGGCCGCUGGCCGGCUCCGGAUGCCUCGGAGAGAAGAGGAGGAGGAGGAAGAGUGGAAACAGACUGUAACCCCAUGGAGCUGAGCAGUAUGUCAGGAUUUGAAGAAGGCUCAGAGCUCAAUGGUUUUGAAGGAAGUGGCGUGAAAGAUACGAGGCUAGAAGCAGAAGCCGUUGUAAAUGAUGUUCUCUCUGCCGUCAAGAACAUGUUUGUCUCAAAAAGCCUGUGCUGUGCAGACGACGUGGCCUAUAUCAACGUGGAGACCAAGGAAAGGAACAGAGACUGCCUGGAGCUCGCAGAAGCAGGACUGAGGAUGGUAGGGUACGCCUCUGACCAGGUAGAGGAUCAUCUGCAGAUGCCCUACCACGAAACCGUCUACUUGCUGUUGGACACACUCAGCCCUGCCCACCGGGAAGCGUUUGGAAAUGUGCUCCUGCAGAGACUGGAAGCUCUGAAGAGGGAUGGACAGUCAUGACUAAGCCUUUCCCUCAGAGGGAGCUGCUGGUACAGAACGGUCGACAUAAAACUUGAAACUCUC